AACGCCACAGACGGGAGUCAGACGCUCGCGGUAAAAACAAAACGAGGCUUUAUUAUUAAGCAUGUAAGCAGAUAGCGUAGUCAGAUAACAGGCGUGGGUCAAAUAACCAGAAAAUCACAAUACAAACAGAACAAAAGGAUAAGGCAAAAACGUAGUCGAAAAGAACAAGUAAGGGUCAUACACGGGUAAUACAGACAGGAAAAUAACGCUCAGUAUAUCGCUGGUGAACAGGGAAAAUACCUCGCAACACGCGAGACAAACAGACAGGUAUUUAUACCUAAACUAAAUUACUAACACCUGAACACAGUCUAGAAUUCCGGUGACGUAGACCGCACGAAUGAGCCGCGGUUGGCUGAGUCCGAACACGUGGUGUUGUCAGGUGCAUGCUGGGAGGUGUAGUUCCGGACCGGGGAUUGUCCAUAGACGGGAACGGCAGAGUCAGAAAAAGGAACUACAGAGUCUGUGGUAGGCGUCACAAUUGGUGACUGACAAAAUACUUUUUUUCCCCAUUGUAUGUAUCCAGAUGAGCAGGAUGGGUUGGUUAUUUGAACUGUUGGGCAGGAGAGGUUGGUGUCAGAAGGCUGAAAGUAUGAAACAGUCCAACUACGUCACCCAAUACGUAGUUCAGAUGUUUUUUGUUAAUGAGUCAGAGAACAGGAUCUGGACUGGUCUGUUUGCAUUACAUCUUUAUGAGAAAACCACUUUUUUGCUCCGCCUUUCCAAAAUUACUGUCAAUAAAACUGCCUUGACAGUCCUGCCCUGGCAAAGAAUUUCCUCUGCUGACAUUUUGCCGAAACCGUCCAAGCACAGCUGACCCUUUAAAGGUAAGAUAUUAACAGAAUUAUUGAUUUUUUAUUUUCAUUGAUAAUGCUAUCAACCUAACAAUCCACAUUCAUUAGUGUAGUUAGCAGAUGAGGAAAUGAAAUGUUAUAUUUAGUUUUUUCUACUGGUUCAUUCCUCACCAACGGUCAGAACAAGAAAACAAUGUAGGGCACUGUGUGUGGGUCUUUCUCAUUUGUACCUCUAACCCUUGAUUUCAAGUGUAACCCUUUUACUAAGAACAGAGUUACAAGUGACAGGGGUGAAAUUCUCCCCCAAAGAAUUGGGACCAACCUUCAAGUGCCCAAUACAGAUAUAUAGGGGAGACUGGGGUAAGUUGAGCCAAAAGGUAAGUUGAGCCACGCCUUGUUGCUAGGAAACGGUAAAAACAUUUUUCACUCUUAAAAGUGAAUUUAGUUUAUCAUAAGUUUCAUGAGAAAUGUGUUCAGACCAAAUCAGACCAUUUUAAACUUGUUUUAUACAUCAGUUGUGGUAUCUUUGACCUACAACACGAGGUCAUGAAUCUAGCAUAGAAGUGCACCAUUUUUGCUGUGGGGAAUUAUACAAUCAAAAUUGUAGCUCUGGGGUAAGUUGAGCCAUUUGGCCAGGGGUAAGUUGAGCCGGUGGGGGUAAGUUGAGCAAUUCACUUAAUAAGUGUAUUUUGGCUGUAGCUUACAGUAUAUUUCUUAAUUAUUAAAUCAAGUUUCUGCAUUUUGUUCGAUUAAAGAGUGGUCAUCAUGUCACGAAAAUAUAAGCGCAAAACAAGCAGGGGAACCACCACUGGUGUUCUUGAAAGAGCCACCAGUGAAGUGAGACAAGGGAAAAUUAUUAAAGCCGCAGCAAAUGAUGGCAAUAUCUAUAUAGAUUAAAGGUGAUGAUCUAGAUUGUAAAUUCUUGAGAAGAGGUAAAACUGGCUAUGGUAAACCCAUCUUUAAUUUCAAAGAGAAAGAUAAAGGAUUCUUCCCAUAAGUUAUAUAUAAGUUGUGUCACAAGACAUAUUGUUUUGGACAUGUUAUAUUAUCAAACCAGUUAUGUUUACAUUCAUUCUGUUUGUUUGGAGGGAUGCACAACAUCCUAAAAUAUUUGCAGAUAUAUUAUUUUCUGACAAAACUAUGAUUGCCUUGAUGUAAUGACCCUAAAUAUGAAAAAUAGCUCAUCUUACACCAGUCUCCCCUAACAGCAGAGAGCUAAAGUUCAGCAGCCUAUCUGUUGUUUAACUAGUUAACUUUAGGGAAUUGAGAUACGUCUUGAGAUAUGGGGCACGGUGGGUGCAGAUUAAAUUUUUUUUUACUCUUCCGUUGCACCAUAGCCGUCAUAGAGUCUUAGCCGACUGUUGCACCAUUUAGGGUGGAAUGGGAAAGUUAGCUAGCUAGCAACUGAGACAAACAACUAGCAAUUUUCUAUGCUUGUUAUGAAGAACAUGACCACUACACUAUAAAAUUACUACGGUAAUAUAGUGCUUAACGUAAUAUUUAAUACUUGUGGGUUUCUUUGGUUGCUUGUGCAGCCGUCUUACCAGUGAUUUUCAUAGCCUUCAUAGCCUUGUGACUGAAAAAUCUCUGUUUGAAGGGUCAUAUACCCCCAAGACUUUCCCCUAACCCCAGACAAACAGACCAAACAAAGAGUCUGCCUGUAAUACCCUGUGUUUUCUGGGUUAGUUCUGGAGAUAACAAAAAAAGCUCCUUUUAAAAGUUUAUUUUUAGCUUCUAAAGCUCUGUUCCAACCAAUUAACCAUUCAAAUGCUUUAGUUAAAUGUUUUACAUUAUAUAUAACUAGUUCAGACAACAUUUUUAAAAGAAAAUGUUAAAAUAAAGUUAUGAAACCUUAAAAUAUUUAUAUUUAUUUGUUGGAUUGUUCUGAAUAAAUGUUAAGUUAAUUAAUCUGAUUUAAUUUGGAAUUUGGUAUCAAUAUUCUGAGCUGGGUGUGGGCUCUUAGGGGUUAAAUGUAGGGAUUAAAUCACCUCAUCUCCUUUUUCUCAAACUUGAACUAGGCUCAAAACAACCAGAUUAAACCUGUUUGGGCAGAUCAGGAACAUACCCACAGCCAGAGAGAACAAGAAGUUUCCACUCAACCGAACGACUGAUUUUAUCAGAUAGUUGAUGCUGACUUUAAAUGAAAUGUUGAUUUAUAGAACUGUAUGCUGCCUAUUAUUACAUAAAGACUAACAAAUAACAUAUACUACUCUACUGGGUAAAGUGUAAUUUACAAAUACAAGAAUAAUACAAGUUUGUACUGUACUGUAAAAUGAUUCUAAAUCUAAGUAAGUUGAUCAUUUUGCUUUAACUUAUGAAGACAACACUUUUUUAUCAAAGCUAAAUGAUAAUAAUAGUUAAUCUGACUAAAAACUAAUAGUUAAUCUGAUUUUUAAAAUGUCAUAUUUUGCUCUAUUGUAGUCUAAAAAUGAUGGAGGAUGGGGAAGUUCCAGAUGUUGCUGGUAUAGAUGAUAACAGGACUCUUCAUCCACAGCCCUCUGUGGAGAGUCCUCCGCCCACUAAACGAUACAAGCCACGUGAGAUCCUUGCCAUUACAGCUACUGGUGGCAAUGAAGAAGUUCAACAGGAAAAUGUACCAGAAGAUGUACCAGAAGAUGUCAGAUAUAUCACUAACUUAAAUGUGGAGAGAUGUCCAGAUAUAAAUCGAAGUCAGUUGAUUCAAAGGCUAAUAUACUGUAUUAAAUACAACCAUCUAAUACAUUAUUCAGAAAAGACUUCCUGUUUGAGUGAAGAAGAUAAUCUUUUUUUUUAUUAUUCAAUUAAAAUUUAUAACAAAUAUUUGACUAAAAAUACUCCUUUUGCUGUAAUAUCAUAUGAUAAUUAUAACGUGGUUUUGAUCGCACCUCAAGAUCUUGAGAAAAAUGAAAAAUAUCAAUCUGAUCACACAAAAAAUGAGAGAUUUAUUCACAGAGAAACCAUUUUACUUUCUUUGAUUGAGGAGGAAAUUGGGUGUAAUAAUAAUGUAGGCAAAGUAUAUAUCAAACUCCCUUACAGUCCUUGUCCUCAUAGAAAAGAUGGAGGAUCAUGUAUGAGAGAUAUAUUUAAUAAAGCAAAAGAAUGGGACACUCGAUAUGGGAUUAAAACAAAAUGUGUAUUUAAUAAAUACUAUGGGAUCAAUGGAACGACAGGAACGUUUUGGGAUGAAUUUCUGAAAGAGCCUUUGAAUGAAAUUUUAGAAGACAAACCGAUGACUGACAAAAGCAACAUCGGGCAUGUCAUAUUAAAAGAAUUCCUUGGUGUUCUGAAAGGUUCGCUGCCCGUACAGAAACCACUCAAAAUUUCUAAAAUAAACAAUGAGAAGUUACAACGAGAAAAUAUGCAAAUUCAUUUAAAGGAAUUUAGGAAGUUUUUGAAACCGAUGAAACAAAGGCUAAACCAAGAAAGUCCCGACAGCCUAGAUAAGUAUUAUAAAAUGGCUGACUCUAAAAGUGAAUUUUUCUCUUUCUGGAAAAACUGUUGCAAAGAACUUUACAGAGAACAUUGUAAAGAAAUAUUCACUGAAAAAUUCAAUAAAAUAAUAUUUGAAUACACUUUAGAUCAGAAUGAACGACCAUAUUUGCAGUUUGGCUUUCUGGGAGAUCUAUAAUAAGAAUUUUUAUAUAUAGAACACCCUAAUAUAUUAUACACAAUAGGGGGUACCUCUGGUUCUGUUUCAUGGCAUCCACGUCUCAGAGAGGAAGUCUGGGCAUAAGUGCGGGGGGGGAAGCAUAGGCCCUUUCCUGCAUGGACCUCAGCAGAAAAGCAGCCUUUGAGCAUUUAGGGUUUGCCAUGAAAUUGAACAGUUUUUUUGUGGAAAAUUUAAAUAAAAAGAUUUUAAACUUU